AUGAGGAUGGAGGAGGACCGGAGUCACAUGACUGAGAAGAUACUAAACCUCACCCUGGAGAUCAUCUAUGCUGACCGGAGAGAGCCAAUCUCAGGAGGAUGGAGCAGAACCCAGAGCCUCACCAUGGUGCCUCCAUCUCAUUCUCUGAUACCUGAGAGAGGGAGAAAGAGCAGAAGAUUCUGGAACUGACCACCAUGAUGGUCCAUCAGCUGACAGGAGAGGAGUGGGAGUAUUUAGAAGGACACAAGGAUCUCUACAAGGACGUCAUGAUGGACAAUCAGCCGCCCCUCACAUCACCGGAUGGAUCCAGUCAUGGGAACCCACCAGAGAGAUGUCCCCGUCCUCUGUAUUCCCGGGAUUCCACACAGGAAGGUCACACCAUCCCUCACCAUCAUCAGAGUGGAGAUCCAAUCGAUAUAGAAUUUGAGGUGAAAGCAGAAGAAGAAGAGGCGUAUGUGAGGGAUGAUCAGCAGUCUAUGGAGGAGGAUGGAAUAACGGGGACAUUUAUAGAGGAGGACACUCCUACAGAGAUCAGCACAGUCCAUGGCCGGGAGAUGAGGAAAACCUCCGAGGAUUGUCUCACUUUGUCUCCAGACUGGAAAGUAGAAGAUGAGGACAUCACACAGUAUAGUCCAGGAGAAAACCCGGCUCCCUCCAAUGUCCAUCCGGCACCACCCAGUGUAGAUGGACCAUCGGAUUCCUCGUAUCCUGAGGAACCUCAGACUGUGCGGGACCGGGCCGGCCUUCCAACAGAGAAGAGCUUCUCCUGUACUGAGUGCGGGAAGGGUUUCCGUUCUACAUACAAUCUUAAUGUGCAUAAAAGAUCUGGGGGGGAGAAGCCGUAUUCCUGUCCUGAGUGCGGGAAAUGUUUUUUUCAAAGAAGUCCAAUCUUCACAUACAUCAGAGAUCUCACACAGGGGAGAAGCCGUAUUCCUGUCCUGAGUGUGGAAAUGUUUUUCACAAGUAAGUCCAUCUUUACACACACAACAUCAGAGAUCUCACACAGGGGGAGAAGCCGUAUUCCUGUCCUGAGUGCGGGAAAUGUUUUUCAGAGAAGUCUUUACACACAUCAGAGAUCUCACACACGGGGGAGAAGCCGUAUUCCUGUUCUGAGUGUGGGAAAUGUUUUUCACUGAAGUACAAUCUUUACAGACAUCAGAGAUCUCACACGGGGGAGAAGCCAUAUUCCUGUCCCGAGUGCGGGAAAUGUUUUUCACUGAAGUCCUAUCUUUACACACAUCAGAGAUCUCACACGGGGGAGAAGCCGUAUUCCUGUCCUGAGUGCGGGAAAUGUUUUUCACUGAAGACCCAUCUUUACACACAUCAGAGAUCUCACACAGGGGAGAAGCCGUAUUCCUGUCCUGAGUGCGGGAAAUGUUUUUUCAGUGAAGUCCAGUCUUUACACACAUCAGAGAUCUCACACGGGGGGAGAAGCCGUAUUCCUGUCCUGAGUGUGGGAAAUGUUUUUUCAGUGAAGUCCAAUCUUUACACACAUCAGAGAUCUCACACGGGGGAGAAGCCGUAUUCCUGUCCUGAGUGUGGGAAAUGUUUUUCACAGAAGUCCAGUCUUUACACACAUCAGAGUCUCACACACGGGGGAGAAGCCGUAUUCCUGUCCUGAGUGCGGGAAAUGUUUUUCAAGAAGUCCAUCUUUACCACACAUCAGAGAUCUCACACGGGGAGAAAGCCAUAUUCCUGUUCUGAGUGCGGGAAAUGUUUUUCAGUGAAGUCCAGUCUUUACACACAUCAGAGAUCUCACACGGGGGAGAAGCCAUAUUCCUGUCCUGAGUGUGCGGGAAAUGUUUUUUCAGAAGUCCAGUCUUUACACACAUCAGAGAUCUCACACGGGGGGAGAAGCCAUAUUCCUGUCCUGAGUGUGGGAAAUGUUUUUUCAGGAAGUCCAGUCUUUACACACAUCAGAGAUCUCACACAGGGGAGAAGCCGUAUUCCUGUCCUGAGUGCGGGAAAUGUUUUUCAGACGAAGUCCCAUCUAUACACACAUCAGAGAUCUCACACGGGGGGAGAAAGCAUAUUCCUGUCCUGAGUGCGGGAAAUGUUUUUCAUGGAAGUCCAGUCUUUCACACACAUCAGAGAUCUCACACGGGGAAGAAGCCACUUUCCUGUCCUGAGUGA